CAUGUAUGAUCUUCAUAUUAUCUGUGGUGCAAAUGAAUCCAUAGGCAGCCCUGAGUACUGCGCCGAUGUCCUGGAUGAUCCCCUGUCUUAUUCCCCAUGCAAAUUCCGUUACUCGCAUGUAAAUUUUUUGGUGACCCAGAAGGAUUCUUCAUCUGCAGAAAGAUAUCCCUUACUCCUUUUUGCUGAAUUCGAUAAUGAGGAGGAGGGUGAGCCCCUAUGCUGUCUUGUCGAUGUGCCAACGCCAUUUGCAGAACAUGUUCGGUGCCUGUAUUGUGAGGCUCAAGGGACCAAAAUUGUGCAUCCGGCAUUGGAAAAAUUUCAUGGGAAAGAAAGGGAGUUGGAGAGGGAGUUUGAGGAGGCUAUCUCUAAAGGACGUCAUGACCGGCUUAUCUGCACGAAUGAAUAUGCUGUUCAGCACUUGUGUGGAGUGGAGGAGGAUUUCAUGUACAUUGAUAUCAGGUGCAUCAGUUAGAUGCUCUGCAAUGUUUUCUGUUAGAUACUCUGUGAUGUGUUUCCUGCAA